GAGCCCGGAUGAAGAGUAACGCCAUUACCGCCGGAGCCGCGGAGAGCACUGGCGGGCGGUGACUGGACACCGGAUCGGCUGCGCCAUGAGAUACCUCUCCCGCCUGCUUCUGCUUCUCUUGCUCGUGUUCCCCGCUACCCUCUUGCUCCGCAGCGGCUCUGGAGGCUCAUUAGCUACAGCUCAGGAUCUUACAGAAGAUGAAGAAACAGUGGAAGAUUCAAUAAUCGAAGAUGAAGAUGAUGAAGCAGAGGUGGAAGAAGAUGAACCUACAGAUUUGGCUGAAGAUAAAGAGGAAGAAGAUGUAUCUGGUGAACCUGAAGCUUCGCCAAGUGCAGAUACAACUAUCCUGUUUGUGAAAGGAGAAGAUUUUCCAGCGAAUAACAUUGUGAAGUUCCUAGUAGGCUUUACAAACAAGGGUACAGAAGAUUUUAUUGUUGAAUCCUUAGAUGCCUCAUUCCGUUAUCCUCAGGACUACCAGUUUUAUAUCCAGAAUUUCACAGCUCUUCCUCUGAACACUGUAGUACCACCCCAGAGACAGGCAACUUUUGAAUAUUCCUUCAUUCCUGCAGAGCCCAUGGGUGGACGACCCUUUGGUCUAGUCAUCAAUCUGAACUACAAAGAUUUGAAUGGCAAUGUAUUCCAAGAUGCUGUCUUCAAUCAAACAGUUACGAUUAUUGAAAGAGAGGAUGGGUUAGAUGGAGAAACAAUCUUUAUGUAUAUGUUCCUUGCUGGUCUUGGGCUCUUGGUUGUUGUUGGCCUUCACCAACUCCUGGAAUCUAGAAAGCGCAAGAGACCCAUACAGAAGGUAGAGAUGGGUACAUCAAGUCAGAAUGAUGUUGACAUGAGUUGGAUUCCUCAGGAAACUUUGAAUCAGAUCAAUAAAGCUUCACCAAGAAGGUUGCCCAGGAAACGGGCACAGAAGAGAUCAGUGGGAUCUGAUGAGUAAAUGUCCCUUUGUGCAACAAUUCAGUCUUUACUUAACCUGCCCUAAUGUUUUUCGGCCUGAUGGGAGUUAGUGCAGAGAAGCCAUAUCACCAUAGAAGGCAACUACUGCUUAUGUGUGGACUGAGCCAUCAGAGUCUGUGGCGAUAAUAUUACUGAAAAUGCACUGCAUUCAUUUUUCUAAAGUAACAAAUUUGGGUUUUUUUAAGCCAUUAAAAUCUAUGUGUGUGCGUGUGUAUGUCUGUGAGCAGUUGGUGUUACCAGAAUCAUUGUUGAACUACCUGAAGCCUGCCUUUAGAAUACUAAAUAUAAUGCUGUUAUCUCUUUUUGACAUUUUCUGAUAUUUCCCCCAAAACUCAAUAUUUGUCCAAUAUGAUGGUCAGUGUCCUGCCUUAGACUGUUUUAAAGAAAACAGUUUUGUUUCUUUCUUAGAAUUGCUCAAAUCCAGUUGAUGGCGCAAAUUAGUAUUUUGUUACUGUUGCUCUUUUACAACUAGUAUUCUAAAGGCACAAACAGGAGUAGCUGCUUUUUAGCAAUAGAACUGUUUUGGUAUUUUGCUGCUGUUUACUAUAAUGCGCACCUUCAGAAAACUUCCCGAAUGAGUCCAAGGAAUUUGGGGAUUUCUAGCAACAAAAUUGUGAAGCAUCAGAAUUCUGCUGAUUUUGAUAUAUAAAACCACCUCACCCUCUUUUUCUUUUUCUACCUUUUUUUUUUUUUUUUAAGAAACUGGUACAUUUGUGGGACCUGAGUUGUGUUACCCAUUGUUGUUUUAUUUCUGACCCACUUAGUUCUUUUUGUUUUUUUAAUCAUUUUUUCCUUAAUAGGAGUAUCUUGCUUAAGAAAAAUUGUCUGUGUCUAUAGACUAAGCAAAAAGUCAGUUUAUAGGGGCAGAGAUAUAUUACAAGUAAUACUAAUCUGUAAAAAAAAAAAAAAAAAAAAAGCUGGCUAUUUUUUUAAGUAGUUAACCAGUUGGUUUUUAUCUAAUCUUUUGGGUAUUUUGUUCAGAAAAACUUUUUUAAAUAGUUAAUCUGAAGAAUUCCAAAAUUUUAAGCACUUAAGAUCUCAGAAUCAAAAUUAAAUUGGACUUUAUAAAAUCCUGUUAGAGUCACUCUUGUCCUAGGUAGUAAAUUAAGUUUGGCAUUAUUGUCAGACUAGAUAAAGGGUAAAGUAAAAUAGUAUGAACAGAUAAGAGGCCUUUCCCCUCUGCUUUUAAGCCAUAUUCUCCCACAUAUAUUUUGUAAAGAAAUGGUAAAUGAAAUUAUAGUGGCUAUUUAAUUCCUGAUCUGUCUUAAUACAAUGAACUGACCCCUCCCCCCUCGUCUUUAUAAUCCCCACCCAUGCCCACAUGAAACCACAGCAAAACAAGACACACAAACAAAAAAUCUUACCAAGUUCUUUUAAGUAUUUAAACAUCUGAGCCAAAGCCUAUGACAAUAGAAUAGAAGUUAUUAUUGUAUAGUUGUUAAUCACUUUGCAAGUAGGGGCUAAGGUGUCAAAUUAUCUAUAUUGGCGUUGCUGAACUAUAAACAUUCUAUACCUGUAAUAUAAAGUGUUUGAGUUUUUAAUUGGGCUGUAUGAUCAGUAGCUUAUUUUGAAAAAGCUCUAUGAGCUGUAAAAACUGCAUGUUUUUUGUUUAAUGUAAUAUAGGAGACCCUCCUAUAUUCCUUCUCAAGGAAUAUAUUUCAAAACAUUGUUUUGUGAAUUCCUAAGUUUGUGAAACUAUUAGAACAUAACGCAGUGAGGUGUAAUUACAAAAUUUAAAUGGUUUCUAGACAGUUUCAUUGACUACUCGGUGGUACUUAGGCAUUGGCAAAGCCACACUGAGUUACAGGUGCCAGCCCGUCUGACUCCUAAGGAAUUUGCCUUACAUGCUAGCCUUUCCACUGCUGAGGUUCAAAUUAGUGCCUCAGAAAACAUUUGUCAUGUUUUAUUUUUUAGCAUCGAUUGGGAACAGUUGAAAACUUAAAUCCUCAACUGCCAGGGUCUUCUAUAGUAUCAGUAUGUGUUUAGCAGAAAACUAACUCCGUAAUGAAUGGAAUUCAAUUCCACACAUGGUUUGUUCAAGCACACUUAAUAAGUAGCCUAUUUUUUAAAUGUCUUUUUUAAAUGUAAAUAUUUGGAUGAAGUUUUUAAAGUUUGUUUUGAUAUAUUCAUUUGCUACACCAACCAUGGUUUCAGAAUUCACCUUUUGAGCUAAUUGGUUUCAGAAUCUGUAAAAUGAACCAAGAAUCUUGUGUAUCAAACCUGUCACGCAGACAUGUGAGAAUAAUGUGUUCAUAAAGCAUGGAUCUUGCUUUCGUUG